UCUGCUUUCGGCCGCGGUAGCGGGAGCGUCGGCUUCUGGAAACCGUUCUCCGAGAACGAAUCGAGUUGUGAUUUUUUAUCUUGUGCUUUAGUUCGAUUUGUGUUGACUGAUUUUCGUACGCCGCACGCUCGGAUUGCCUCCCAAGGAUUGACAAGGGAACUGUAUUUUUUUUUGUAAAUGUGACGAAAAUUUGGACGAUUUCGCGAAGUUAACAUGACCGUUACAGUUGGAUUGUGUUUAUGAUAAGCGGAAAGCUCCGCCUGAAACUUGAAAUCUAAAGAGGAAUACCAAAGAAGAUGUGUGCCAAAAUGUUGUUUAGUUUUUCCAUAUUUUCUGUAAUACUGUCAUGGAUUGGAGUUUUAGCUGAAGUGGAGGUGUCCUCGCCGCUGCGAGUAGCGCAAUGUAGAGCUACGUGUUUACAAAAGUUCGCGACGCCGCGACCCAGCGGGGAGUCGUCGUGUCUUCAGGGCCCAGACUGUUUUAUGUGUUGGGAGAAUUGCGAGCUGCUCCAGUCAAACUAUCAAGUUUGGGGCGCUGUGUGUGACGAGAAAGAUAUUUGUUUCCCCGGUUGCAAAGUCGCGUGCGAAUUCCACUCGGAGGCAGCACGUGCGUCGCAAACGCAGCCCGUCAUCCACACGAAGGGCGAGGGGGUGAUGAGGGUGAGCGGGGCCCUCGCAAGAUGGCCGCCGCCUGCCCCGCGCGCCGCCUCCCGCCCCGCUCCCCUCGUUUACGUCGUCAUGCGACGAGCAGCCGAAGGGCCAUGGCGACAAAUCAUCCAAACGCAACUGCUCGCUACACGAGUCCCUUCCAACAACGAAGGAGCACUCCUCAGAGUCUUAGUGGUAGACCCGCAAGGACUAGUCACCAUCUACAGCCCAGACGAAACCUGGGUCGCUCACGACACCAACACCUCUAACCAUGACGAACACAAAUGGACUUUGAAAGAGAUCUCACUCAUCCAUCAGAAGGUUCUCGUCAUCGGGGAAAUCGCAUGGGAACCGAGAAUAGCUAGAGGAGUAUAUUUAGUGACAUGGGAAGUCGACGGUGGUGGACUCAAGGGUAAUCUAUUCACUGACUCUACAAGAGUGACUCUCUCGUUGUGGCCUGAUACCAUCUACCAUAUACAAGUGGAGCUCGUGUCUCGCACACCAGGUGUUGACAAUGAGAGGUCUGAGACCAUGACCAUUGACACGAGUCGAGCUCAACGCGUCUCGACUGAGAGCGUGCAGGAUGUCCAAGUCAGCGAGGGGGACCGACUCAUGUCGGUCCUCGUCAGCUCUAUGCGAGGGGAAAGGAUGCCAGAGCGAGCACCUGACUCUGAAUUAGUUUUAGGUUUCUUAUCAGCCAUGAUUGCUUUUGGCUUGGCGGUGCUAGCUGCUAUUGUGUGGAGGCGGAGACGACGAGGCACCUUCCCAGGGACCAAUGUGUAUGUGGGAUCAUCAUCAGUGCUCAAGAGGAAGCUGGUGGAGGAUUUCGUGCCAACAGCACACUGCGUCCAGCCAGUCCUGGCCCCUGAAGCGCCUUCCAACGAGACGGCGACGCGUGAUGUGGUUGUGUGACGUCAUAGUUUCGACAUGCUGUCCAUAGAACACCGCACUUUCAGUUCCUAAACAAAAUUUUGGACGAAAUUAUAUCGCGUUAACAAAACUGUAGUGGAGUUUGCGUUACACAAAUGGGUCGGACGUGUGAAAGUGAACACAGAAUCGUAAUAUACGAGCUCUGAAAUUAACUUUUGUGUUUAAUGUUAUUCAGUUGUAAUAAACUUUGAACUCACUGUGAAAUAUGCCGCUGUAAUAAAACACCUAUUGUGAAUUUUUUGUAUGUAGUUUUAGGGAAAAUGUAAAUUGAGAAAAAUAUUCUAAUGUAUUUAUGAAAACACAGUAAGGUUAACACCAGAAAAUAUAGUAAUGUACAUAUGUUAAGAGCAGAUAGUGAAAACAUAAUUUUCUAAUUAUAAAAAUUGGUUUAUAUACUGCUUGUACAUAAUGGAUAUAAUAUGUGUACCUACCGUCGAAUUGUGUGUGGAUUCUCUUUGUGUUUUUGUUGGAAAAUCUCUGUACGGAAUCAUGUUUUAUAGACUUAUCGUUAUAAAUAUUUACUAGAACUAUUUUUACAACUAGUCCUUAUUACUGUUUAGUUAAUAUAGUUGUUAGAUAUAUUUUACUAUUAAUAGGUUUUGUCGAAGAAAUUACUCACUCUAGUGAACUCUACGAUGUCUUCUUCAGCAAUAAAUAUAAUGUAUCUAUUUGUAAAUAUUUGAAGCAUUUAUUGUAAAAAUACAGAGGAAGUAUAUUUUUCUUGGACGUCAAUACAAAUAUCUCUGAUUCUCGAGUAAAAGUGAUAAUAUUUUGAGGUGUGUAAAACGUGAUGAUUAUAAAAAGCCAGAAUCAAUAGAUUCCAGUUUCUUAGUAUAUUCAUUGUAAUUACAUGUUAUGAAUCGAGUUGUAGUCAUAUUUGUUUAAAAUCGAUGUUAGGCCAUAACCAGCGUACUUAACUAAAUAUCGUAAGUAUUUUCCGUAGAGAAAAGAGUGAGAAGGCCAAAACGAUUUUGCGCUCGGACAAAAGAUAACUUAGUUUUUGUUUUUGAACCAAAAUCUGCGUAGCGUAAGUUAGGUGUUAAAAUUAUUUAUUUUCGUGAUUUAUUUUGUACCUUCACUCGAAUUUGUAAAUAAUAUUACUUGCUAUAAAUGGCGCUGAACUUUAACGAAUAUAAAUAAAUAUGUCUGCCAAAUUAA